GUGCUACAUAGGCCUACUAUACCACAUGGCAGCAUUAUUUGACAAGUGUGGAUGUGGUGAUAACGUAGGCUACACCCACUCUAUAGCACUUGGGGUUUGCAUUUUGGUUAGAACUUGAAAGAACUGUUUGAAUCCUCUCUGGGCUCAUCAACUUAGUAGUUGCACAUAUCCGUGUGCUCUGUUUGUUGUGUCAUAUUUGGUGUUAUUCUUCUACACUCCCUCCCUGAGACAAUUUCCUGCUCACUAGACACACACACGCGCUCGCGCGCUCGCUAUCUCUCUCUCUCUCUCUCUCUCUCCUCACCACAUUCACCUCCGCUGCUCCUGUGGCGGUAAAAAGCUAGUGCAGCAGGUUGCUCCGCGCCAGACGUCUGAGCGAGGUCAGACAGUGUGCAUGUCUGUGGCCAGCGCAAACGACUGAUCCGCCACCAAAGACGGAGGGCGAUAGUAUGAGGUGAGAGAGAGACAGCCAGAGAGAUGGCACGUGAGUUUGUGUGGACGUUCGUCGUGUUGCUGCUCCCGCCUCUGUACCACGCGCAGAGCGGAGACGGACCUGAGGAUGACCAAGAGCCGGAUAUGGAUUGUACCUCAGAACUGAGUUUGAAAGACAACUACUUAAUUUGUAAGUUCACUGAUGAACUUAUCGGCACCAACAUAACCAUCAGCUCCAAAGGUUUACUGGAGCCAUUUCAACUGACUUUGGAAGGAUCCAAUUUCACCGUGCCUAUCAAGAGCAUCACACACGUUAUCAAUAUCAAUAUUCAUGGGAGUGAAAGAGGACCGAUCACAAAGAAUAUGAAAUUAAUUGUGAAACUUCCAGCACCACAGACUGUAACUGCCACAUACUUCAGCCCAUCUGGAGAUGUUAAUAUCCUUGUUCCCUAUCAGCAUGAUCGUGUGAAAUCAUGGACGUUUGAAGCACAUGUUUGGAAUACAACGAAUAUAAGGACUCUCAGGAACACCACUGGAAACUUCAUCAUUCCAUGGGAAGAUCUGAAGGUGGGCUCUGAUUACUCUGUCAGGAUUCGUGUGAAACCCAAUGGCCACUUCAGUGGAGACUGGUCAGACUGGAGCCCCAGCAAAAGCUUCACAGUGGACACAGAGCCUACAAUGGACUGCUAUUCAGAGCUGUCUCUGGUCCGUAGCAAUUUAACCUGUAUUUUUGCCAAGGAGCUAAUAGGUACCAACAUUUCCAUCAGCUCCCGUCAUGAAAAGAUUUUGCAGAAGACUUUGAAUGGAUCUAAUUUUACUGUGCCCAUCCAUUACAUUAUCCCUCCCAUUAACAUCAGUAUUCAGGGGAAAGGCUGUAUGAUAAGGUUCAUGAAAGACAUGGUGAAACUUCCAGCCCCACAUACUGUGACAGCUUUAGGAAAUGGAAGCAUUUACGUUCCAUAUAAGCCUGAUUAUGUGACCGUGUUCGAUUUUGAAGUCUACAUCUGGAAUACAACAAGUAAUAUGACUUAUGAGAAUGGCCUUGGUGACAUCAUUAUUCCACAUGAAGAUCUGAAGGGCGGCUCAGAGUAUUUCGUGAAGGUGCGGGUCAGGCCGUCGCCCACGCAAUACUACAGAGGACGCUGGUCAGAUUGGAGCCCUCAAACAGGCUUUGUAAUGGACAAAGGUGUUAAAAAUAAUUACUGUUUUUUCCAUUUGUUAUGCUGAAAUA